AUGCCUUCCUUCUUCACCUUCGACCAAGGAACCGAACGUUUUUCCUUCUCUUCCCCAAACGAAUCUUCACCGCUUCUGGGUCGUUUCCGCGCAGUACCGCCUUCUCCUACUUCUCCUACUCAUGCAGCGCAAUUAGCAUAUCCGCAACGGAGUAGGAGGAAAAGUCUGCUAGGGUUUCAUAUAGAUGGGUUUGGAGGCACGUUUGGAGGUAGGGAUGAGGGGGAUGAGGGGGAGGUCGAGGGUUAUGAUGAGGAUGAGGGAGUGGCUGGGUUGGGGAUCGCGGGCAUAGGGGGAUUGCAGAGGAAGCUUAAGGUGUGUGGGAGGGAGAUGUGGGAUCUUUGGAUUGAACCGAAGCAGGGGAAGGUGGCGAGAGUGGUGGAUAAAUGGUGGAUGAGAUGCGCGGUUUUGGUUGUGCUGCCGGCUUUGUUGGCUGUUGCAUGGUGUGCACUACCAUUCCCGCAAUACGAGCUUCCCGAUGAUGACGAUGUGGAAGGUUUACCAUCGAGGAUUUUUGGACAUAAGAUACCAGGUCACGGAGAAGCUAGAGUUGAAAUCAACUUUUGGUUCUUCCUAUUCGUAUACUAUGGCUUUUACAAUAUAACAGCAUUGAUGUGGAUAACAAAAGUCUUCAACAUCUAUUCACUGAAUUGGUGGCCUAAAAGUCUUGGUUUUCCUCUCACAGUCUCUAUUAUUGCAGCAAUGUCUAUAGCAGCUCCAAUUCCUUUUUAUUGUAUACCGAAACUUCGAUAUAUCACAUCACAUAAUACAGCGUGGAUAUGCUGGACAUUCUUCGCUAUGGCAAUGCCUUUACUAGUUGCAUUUGCUAUCCUCCUCAAUCAUGAACGGCAUCUUGGCUUGCGUAUUCCUCUCUCCGAAACUCAACGACUUUUUACAUCUUCAUGGUGGACAGGAGAUCCUGACACGAUAAAUGCAAGAGAUCGACCACGAAGACCAAAUGUCAUUCGAAAUCAAAGUGCUUUUGAUCCAAAUGCUUCUUUGGAAGUAGCUUUAGCAUCAGAUAGUAUAUAUCGAUCGAGAGAUUCUCAACGGGGUAACGAUGGAGAAAGAGUAGGUAGUUACCCCCUUGGUUGGAUUUUUAAGCUAUAUUUUGCUUUAACCUACCAAACCUACGUCCGCGCAUUAUAUGCACGCCUUCGCUCACCACAACAAUUCAUCUACCUUCAAAUAAUGUCCUCUUCCUUUUUAAUUCUUCUCGCUCCUCUCACCAUGUCCGCUCAAUUUCAUUCUCUUCUCACUUUUCUCUACCUAAAUGGCCAAUCCUACACCGCAUAUCAAAAAUUCUGCACACGAAAUAUUUUCCUCAGAGGUUUGAGCGAAAAUGUCUCCAUGCUCACCUUUUUGGGGAGUAUCCUUGUCCUUCAUUACGGAGCUAAUAAGGACGUCUACCCUUACUUUGCCUUCGACAUACCUAUCGCACCUUCAAACCAAACACUAUCAAACUCUCCCUUCUCUCUCAUUGAUAAAAUCCAAUUCUUCCCCAAUAUUCCUCGUAUCCCACAUGGACCUGUUCACCUACCUCCUUCUCGACCCGGCCCACAAUACGAUUUCAGACUCACAUUUUACGCUUCGGUCGUUACGUGGGCGUGUGAAAUUGUAGCAGGGUGGAUCACGAGGAGGAUACUUUGGUUCGGAUGGAAAAUGGAUGUUACGGGGGAGGGAAAGAGAGAUUUGGGUAGUUGGCCGGAAUUACUUCCUACUGGUGUCGUGGUUAUGGUGCAUGUUUUGCAGAAUAUGCUUUUUAGUAUUGUUAGGUUGGCUUUCCAUUAG